GCGCGCAGGCGCGGCGGUUAGGUUUGAAUCGUGAGGCGGCGGCGGCGGCGGCGGCUUGGCCCGAUGGGCGCUGAGGGGCCGGGGGUCGGUGGCGGAGAGCGGUUGUGAGUGCGCUGUGUUUUAUAGGAGAAACGCUUCUUGCAGAAAUGGACAAGAUUUACGUGGACGCUAACGUGGAAAAUGAUAAUACAGAGCACAUCAGAGGAAAACGGCUAUCCUCUAUUUUAAAGGCUCCACGGAAUCCUCUUGAUGAUCUGGGAAAUGGGAAUGAGCUCACUCAGGAUUUCAAUAUAGAAAAACGUAGGAAAAGCUCUCGACGUGUCAGCUUUGCCAACACCAUAAACUGCAGGGUCUUCCAUCGAGAUCUUAAGAAUAAUGCGGCGGAGGGAGAAAAUGAAGAGAGCACAGGAGAUACGGAGAAUCACGUCCUGCUCAAUCAAAAUGAAGAACCCGAAGCUGUUCCAUGUGGGAUUACUGGGAUGAACACUUUGCUUCAUGCCCCUAUCCAGUCACUGGCACAGGAGACCGAGUGCCGUGAUGCGGACAAUGCUAUUCCGAGAACAGAUCGGCCUGAUACAACACUCAUCUUCUCAGAUGAAAAUGAGAUGGAUAUGACAGCUAGUCACACUGCAGUGAUUGCACGUAACCUGAAAAACAAUGAAACUGACAAAACCGAGAAAAUAGACAUCGUGUCAUUUCUGGCUGAGUUAAACUCUAUCAGCGGAAAGGCAGGAAUGAGCAAAGAUUUUCAUUUUUCCUUUGAUCUUACAGACCGUUCGUGCCCGUCUUUUGAACAGAAGGAAGAUGCUACUGCAGGAAAGAAAAUAAGUUCCAAAGAAUUUUCGAUGAACUUGAACUCUAAUGAAAAAGCACUUAAUCCUAUUGAAGGACCUGAAAAAGAGAACCUUUUUUUGGUCCCUUCGCAAGUUUCAGAAAACGUGGCACAAUCGUCAGUGGAAUAUGCGUAUUCCCAUGAACAACUGGCCACCUGCAAUGUAACAAAAAUAUUUAGAGAGCAAGAUGAUGGAAUGGAAAUGACAAAAUGCCAAGCAUCUGAUAUUCGGAAUAUGCGUUCUGGUAUUUGUGAGGCUCCGACAGAGCAGUUACCAUGUGGAGAUGUUACUCAGGCGUUUGCGGACGAUGGAAUGGAUAUGACAACUAAUCACACUGCAAAAAUUCAUUUUCCCUUUGCCAUCGCAGGUAAUCAACAUUCAAACUUCCAAAAGGAUUUCUCUUCCAUGGAGCUCGAUAACUACUCUAUCGUACAGAGAACAUCUCAUCAGCAAUUAAUCAUAACGCAAGAGCCUCAACUUUGUACAAGCAAAAAAAUCAUAGAUGCCGAAGACGCAGUAGAUGCUACAACGCUGCAAGCUUUUACGCAGGAGACCGGACCGUUGUCUUCUAUCCCAGGAUCUGUUUCUUCUGAGACCGUCUUCCGAGAUGAUAAAACUGUUGUUUUUUCUCAGUGCGAUGACAUGGAAAUUACUGGAAAUUACACAGAUGUACUCCAUAAUGAAAGUACCAAAGGAAUGAACAGUUCACGUUGUAAAGCUUUUGAAAAACCAGUUAACAGAAAUUCUUUGCUAGUAGAAAGAAUCCAUCCAGUAAGUAAUGACAAUACGAGAAGCCUAUCUUCAGAUGAUAGAACUUGUCUGUCACGUAGGAAUAGUGCGUGUGAACUAUCUUCGGGGUCAGAUGAACGAAAUGAAAGAGUAACCCACGACCACGGUACUGCUUCAUUGAACGUUGGUUUCAAUUCGUGUACAAAUUCAGUAUGUACCGGUUCCUCUAAGGGUACGCUUCAGCACAGACUAGCAAACUCGCUGCUCGUUUCACUACCAGGUGAGAAAACUGCAAUAUUUUCAGGAACAAAUACGGACUCGACUAAGAAUUGUGUCGGCGUGGGUAAUAGAAGGAAUACCGAAAAUGAAUUUCCUCCUGGAACGUCCGACUCUGUCACUUGCAAGCCACGUUUUCUUGACAGUAGGUCUGUAUCUUCUGAUUUAAGAGAGCAGGAAAAAAUGGAAAUAACUAAAUGUCAGACAGUUGUCAGCGGUGAUCAGAGCCUUGGGAUAACUGCAGAAGCAAAGCAAAUGCACUGUAAAAUAAUUCCAAGUAAGAACCAGAACGAUUGCUUUAGUGAUGUUGCACGUUCUUUGGAUAGGGACAAGGAAAAUCUUGAGACGAUCGGUAUUGAUGUGAAUAUUAGAAGAAACCAGGCUACAGAAAUGAAUACUAAAGGUGUCGAGGUGAUAACAGUCAGUAACAAGCUCGGAAAAACAAACCUUCAGGCUAGCGGCCUGAGCUCCUGCACAAAGAGCAUGCAUUCAUUCCAGGAGCAAAAGAGGGAAGUCCCUAAAAAUAUUGUCACCGACAACCGUGCAUUCGCAUCUUUGCAAAGUGAAAAAGUUUAUGUAACCCAGCCUUUGGGAAAGGAACUUCGAAGUUCUUCAGUUUCCUGCGCAAAUGACAAAAAAGCCGUGUUUUCGGAUGAUGAAAACAUGGACAUAACCAAAGCUCAUUCUUUGGUUGUUGCUCCUAUUAAUAUAGUACCAGAUAAUAGGAAUACUCGUGUUCAAAAUAACGUAAAAGCCAAUCAGCUGCAAAACCAGACCUUCCAGUUUUCUGAUAAUUCUGGUGUAGAUCGUACAAGUCAGAUUGCAGCAAUAGAACGCGGGGAUGUCAAAAUGAGCUCAAAUAAACAAACCGUUAGUCAUUUAGCUCCAAAUGGUUUCUUUGUUUCCAGUAACGAGCUUGCUCCCUCUGGAAAUAAAAGAUAUUCACAACCUGGAAGAAUAUUGGGAAUAAUCUCAGACUGCCAAAACUCUGACAGGCAAGAGAAAACCGAUCCUAUGACGGUAGUGAACAACGUAUCGUCAACUGGAGGAGAUUUUGAGGGAGAUUUUGUGAUCAGUGAAACAAUUUCUCCAAAAGAGGAUUUUAAUAAUCCUCGGUCAGGUAAUGACCUGCACACGAGGGGCGUCAAAGAGAGGUCGCUAGCCAAUAAUUCUGAACGACAUCAGGGAAGUUCCCAGUUGCCUUCUUUUUUAGAGAAGUCGGUUGUAUUUCCCUCUGGUGAAAACAUGGACUUGACCGAAAACUGUGCGGUAGUGGCUCCUCAUCAAAAUGUCUGUGCUAUGUUACCCGGAAGAAAAGCAGCACCAGGGCAUACCAAAGAUAAAAGUCAAACAACCUUAAAAAAAGAGGUAGCAGUGACAAACAGUCAGGAGCAGCCUGGUUGUGGUACGCGCUUCUUGGUAUCCGAUAAGAAAACAUCAACUGUGACUGGGAUAAAGCAUUUGCUUUCUGCAAAUGAGAAAACUACCCUCUUUUCAGAAGAUGCUGAUAUGGACAUCACUGGAAAUCAUACAGCUUCAGCAGGCGACAAAACAAUUUUGCAUCCUAGAAUUUUAAACCAUGACACAUCCUUCAUUUCUGAAGAUAAAACUUGUGUUUUUACACAAAAUAAUGACAUGGAAAUAAGUAGGCUUGAUUCUGUUGCAACUGAUAACUCUGUGGAAAAGGCUGUAUCUCGACAGAUGGUUAGCAGAACUAGUGGAAGUAGAAGGAAAAGCCUGAAGGGAACAGUAGGGGAAAAGACUGUUUUAUUUUCACUGAGUGAGAAUAACGACAUGAGCGUCACAGAAGGACAUACGGCUGCAAUAAGCCACGAAAUUGACUCACAGAAUGGGGUAGGGCUUCGUUCUCCAUCUUCAGCUCAUCCCGUUAGAACUGUUAUGUUCGCAAGUAACCAGGUUGACGUAGACAUUAAGUCUUGCUCUGCUGAUAAAAUUACCGCAAAAGUUCCGUGCAGUGAUGCAUUGAACUCAGAUAAAGUUGUCGGACAGGAAGUUCCUUCAAACAGAGAAGCUACUACGUUUGCUAUGGAUGAUAUGGAAAUCACUAAGGCCCAUAAUGUUUCUUUAAAAGAAACUUUUCUGCAAGGUAGGCAACCCAAUCGGUCCGUUCCUUUAACUUCCUCAAUUAUGUUUACAAGUGAUCAGGCUGACAUGGAAAUGACUGAAUAUUGCUCUGUUGAUGGAAGUAUUGAAAGGGAUUUAUGUGAGGAUAGUUUAAAUCUGCCGAAGCACGUUGUACGGGAGGCAGCAGGUAGCAAAACAGUCAUUUUUUCUUUGGCUGAGAAUAUGGACAUCACUAAAACUCAUGCCGUACUAAGCGGCGAGAUCGGUGUAUGGAACGGAAGGCCCGUUCCGGCCACUUCUGCAGUUCCUGCUGCUGAUAAGACCGUUGUAUUUUGCCACAGCCAAGAUGAUAUGGAAAUAACUUCAUCGCAUACUGUUGCUGUUAAUAACAAUACUGAAGGACCCGAGAAUCAAAAAGCGUCAUGUAAAAGCACUCAGCGACCAGACUCGCAUAGUGCAUCAUCGCCCUCACACAGAGGUGAAGUAGAUUUUCUAGAAGUGAAAGACCUGAAUGGCGACGGUCAUAAAAAAUCUAAUACUGAGCCCUCCGUUCCUUCUGCUUCGUCAGCCUCGGCGCUGCCUACUGAGAAAGGACUUCACAAGGUCCGUGAUGGCACAAUACCAGAUUCCGUUUAUCCCGUCUCAAUUCCAAAAGAUGCUUUGGAUGUCCAGGCACUACAGGAUUUUGGCCUUUCGGCGGAAAAUUCAAUUCCUGCAAACAACGAGCAGGAUCUUGUACGUCCAGGAACAGUGAAAUCAAGGAGAGUGUCUUUCAAGCUGCCGGGUAACGACUCCUUGGAUUGCGGUGAAGAAAGCGGAGUUGCGGUAUCCCACAUUUUUCUUCCCGCUCAGCAGUCAGAUUCUUUGAAGGGUCCUCCAGAUGCGCUUAGUGCUCAGAGAAAUCAAGUUUCGAAAGAUGAUGCAUCUAGACAUGAAGGUCUAGCUACAGAUUUAGCUGCGGACAGAGCAGGUGUUGUUCCAGUUUCUAACGAGGAGUCGGAGGAAAACGUGCUGUCAGCUGAAGGAGAGGCAACAGAAUUCCAAUUAAACUCUGAACAAACUGAGCAACUUUCAGUCAGUGACAGUCUGAGAGAUCCAAUAGAUUCUACUCUCGCACCUAAAUUAUCGGGUAUUUUAAAUGUUUGUUCAAAACUGGAAAAUAUUAGAAGGAAAUCUGUGGUUGUUUCUGAAACUGUUCUUUCUGACCGCUUGCAGAAGUUACCAACUCAGCCAGAGGAUACCUUGAGGUUAGGAAAAAAGAGCAUAAAUGAACAAAACGUAUGUUAUGCCAGAGAGCAGGAGAAUGCGUGUCUUGAAUCGGGAGCUGCUCCCAUAGAUGCAAAUUUAGAUCUGGCACUUAAGGACAAAUAUAAAGGAAGAAAUGUCCCUCUAGGUAUCUUUCAACCUAAACUGCCGAACAGAAGAAAUCCUUCUGUUUCUAACGUGCAAGACAUAAAUGCAAAAUCUUCAGAGAAAGUAGAAUCACCAGUUCCAGAAGUGAAUCUAAACACCAUUAAAUCUCUGGGUUACGACAAUUUGAGAAGGCAGAACUUCAGCCCUUCUCAGUUUAUAGCAGAAGAAUUUCUUCCUGUCUGCCCGGAAGAAAUGGAUUCAAAUGAUUCUGUAAGCUCUGAAUUUGUGGAAGAGGCUCGCGAUAACAGAAACGAAAGAGAAAUCUCUCGCAAUGAAAUGAUUCAAGUUGAAGAGGCAAAAACUUGCAACAAUGCAAAAAGAGCUUUGAAACCAGCUGAGGAGGAUCUUCAGAGUCUAAAGAAGAUCAAGAUGGAUGAAAUCUUGGUUGGUGGGACCUCCCAGGACUUGGUGGUUACUUGUGGCACUCUACCUGAAAGCCAAGCAGAAGUUGCUGAAAGUGAAGAUUCUCCAAAUCUGUCAGCUAAGAACCCCGACUCUACUCACGCCAACAGCAGCAGCUCUCUAGAUUCUGUUAAGGCUGACACAGAAUUAACAAUUCAACGAAGCAGUCAAAUAGAGUCUCAGCUUCUCACAGAUAGCAUUUGUGAAGAUAAUUUGUGGGAGAAAUUUCAGAGCGGUGUCAUCACAGUUGGGGAGUUUUUUACUCUUCUUCAAGUCCAUAUUCCGAUUCAGAAGCCCCGGCAGAGCCAUAUUCCAGCCAGCUGUGCUGUCAGUGCUCCGCCUACUCCAGAAGACCUGAUUCUCAGCCAAUACGUGUACCGUCCCAAGAUGCGUAUUUACGAAGAAGAUUGCCAGGUUCUUUCUCAGAUGAUAGAUGAGCUAAAACAGUAUGUAAGCGUCCAGGAUCAGCCACUGGUGAACAUGAAUAAGAGUUUGUGGGAAGUAAUGAGAACCUGCUCUGACGAAGAGCUGAAGAGCUUCGGAGCAGAACUGAACAAAAUGAAAUCCUAUUUCAUCAAGGAAAGUAAAAUCCUGGCUCACAAUGAGAAAGAGGCCUUAUACAGCAAAUUGCUGCAGAGCGCACAGGAACAAUAUGAGCGGCUACAAUCAAGAAUAGCAAAUGUGGCUGAUUUGCUCACGGAGGCAGAAAGUUGUCUUGCAGAUCUGGCAGCAGAUUCUGAAUGGGAAGAAUGUGAAACAGACCGCAGUGAUGAUGAAAUGGAAGAAGAGGACGCAGAAUCAAGACAACUGGAAGAAGAAUUGGGAAGCCUCAGAGCUCAAGAAGAGGAACUUCAAAGAGAACUGUCAGAUCUGGAGGCUGAGAACGAGCAAAUACUCGCUCAGAUGAAGCAUCUACAGGAAAAAGAAAAGAGCUGCCAGGAACUCCUGGAGAGAUGCAACUUCACUGAGUGGGAGAUCAGCGAAUGGAGCGAACGACGGGCAGUCUUCAAUUUUCUUCACGAUUCUAUUGAACUCACUGUUGCAUUUGGAACUCCUGUAGAUGGUGAUGUUUUUGGUGAAAAUCCUUCCAGAAAAAUAGUUAGCCUGAGCUUUGAAUCUCUCUUGGAUGAGGAAAAAGCUCCGCCGUCCUCGUGUUUAGUCCACAGACUCAUAUUCCAGUUUAUUGAAAGUCAGGGAUGCUGGCAGGAAAAGUGUCCCACGCUGCAAUAUUUGCCCCAGAUGCUUCACGAUGUCUCUUUGGUGGUGAGUCGUUGCAGGAUCUUAGGAGAGGAGAUUGAAUUUCUCGAGAGAUGGGGUGGAAAAUAUAAUCUUCUCAAGACAGAUAUCAUUGACACAAAUGUGAAGCUUCUCUUCUCCACUUCCACUGCUUUUGCCAAGUUUGAGUUGACGCUGUCUUUAUCAUCCAGCUACCCAGCUUCGUCGCUGCCUUUCACCGUGGAAAAAAAAAUUGGGAAUAUUGGACAUGAGGAAGUUUCUGCUGUUCUCUCCAAAGUACCUGUCGGUUACCACCAGCUCCGAAGAAUGGUGAGCUCGAUUCAUCAAAAUCUGCUCCAGGGUCCCCGGUGAUUGUUUAGGUCCGCGUACGGGACUGAAGAAGCGGGAUGUUCUCCGACGUAAGCAUCUUAAGAAUGCGAGGUCUCUCUCACCGGUGGUCCUGGCUUCCUUCGAUAGUCUUCCCUACAACGGCUAUUCUUAUUACGUAGCUUGUUAAUUUUGCUCUAGAUUGAUUUACAGAGCUCCCGUAUAAAACGGUGAUGGUGAAUUUCUGAAUUACCACGUCUGGAAUUCAUUUUCACUCUCAUUAUCUCACUGAUGUUCUAAAAUAUCGUGUCAGUUUGAAUCGUCAUCAGCUUCCCGGAACCUCUCCCAGAAUGCAGAAAUGAUAGUGUUGCUUACGAUGAACCUAAUAACCGGCAAUAAUUAGACAGCUGGCCAAAAUUGGAAAGACCUGUGACAGGCAGACUCCAGAUCCCCGUGCUUAAUCAUGAACUUCCGGGUGCCACGGACUCAAAACCGCCACUUCGGCCUCCGUGAGUUUUUCAAAAAGCUUGUUCUGCUACUCGGUGUGCAGGUCUUCCUGGUGCAGUACAGCCUCCCUCCUGCUUUUUGUCCGUUGUCCGAGGAGGUAACGACAAACUCAGCGAGAAGACCGAGCUAUUGAAACGUAGGAGGCAUCUUUUAAUAUCACCGGUGCGGUCCAGAUGGAUUUUGUGUACAGUCUGUAUAUUCCGUAGGUUGAGAUGUUGAAAUUGAUGUAACCCUGAUGAGUCGAUAGCAUCGGCACGCCUACUGUUUCUACGCUCUCCAUUCUGUAGGCAGAUGCUAUUUUUUUUUGUACCUCUGUAAAAUACAUUGAGUUCAACAGUGUUUCCACGUGUUUGAAGAGUGUGUGGAUUGUCUUUUUGUAAUUUUUUCCUUCUGUUUGGAAGGUGGAAGUUCAUUAAAGGUUUGAAUUCUCAUCGUUCUUUCUUCGAGUUGUGUGUAUCGACUGCUCUGUUUAAACUGUUGUCUG